AUGUCGUUACCGUUUUUGCCAGGAUUUAGCUUCAACACGUCGUUGGGCAAAACAAACUUUCACAAACCUCACUACUUAGACAAUUACUGUGGAAUGCCUCUGGAGGUUGGAAUGUGGAAACCUGGAAUAGGGGGCGACAAAAGACCAUGCUUCCAGUGGACCUCUCCACCCUACUCACACAUCCCUAAAAGUAGCAACUGCCUCGGAAAUUCCAGCCUUCCCAGAUGGAUUGCUUUCGACAAGCAGGUGUUAAGUUUCGAUGGGUAUUUCCAGGAAUCAGUGACUGAGCAUAAAGAAGGUCAGUUCAGAAUAAGGAAAGUGAAACUGUACUUUUUCUUGGAGGACGAUACACUGAUGGUUGUAGAACCAAGAAUCAGGAACACUGGGCUGUGUCAAGGCGUCAUAGUGAAGCGUCACAGAAUCCACAAACCAGAGCCAUGCAGCCACUUGUACUACACUGCGGAGGACUUCAACCUCGGAACGGAGAUUGACAUUUAUGGCCGGGUCUACAAAAUUUGCGACUGCGAUUCAUUCACAUCGUCUUUCUACAAAAAUAUCGGCAUCAUACUCAAAAGGCCCGUCCCUUUCACUAGCAUACCCUUCGAGAAAAAAAUUAUGCAAGAGAAGGACGGACGAAAGAAGCGACCGGAAAAUGUCGAGCUGAUGAGUUCCAUGCAGUUUUUCACGAGGGACCCCUUCGUCCUGAGGUUCUACUGCUACUGGGAUGACAGGGAGAACAUGUUUGGAGACGUGAGGCAGUUCGUCAUGAACUACUUCCUCUCCGACGACACCAUCGAGCUUAUUGAAGUUCUGCCACAGAACUCCGGCCGCGACAAGAUUCCAUGGUUUCUGAAGCGUUCUAAAGUCCCAAAGAAGCCCGAGACCAUGAGGAACGUGGGAGCGACGGCAAAGCACAGCGUGUUGAACGUGUUGGGAGAAUCCGGGUGGACCAGCAGGUAUCUCAUGGAUCCUUUAGAGGUGGGAAGAACUUACGACGAUUUUUAUUUGGAUUCUGACAUCCGGAUCGGAUCAUCGUUGAACGUCUACAACAGGAGGAUCAUCGUUCAUAGCAUGGAUAAUUUCACGAAGGAUUAUUACAGGAAGAAAUAUGGGAUAAGUACCGACAGUUUAAAAAAACACAUUGACCUCUACAAGCAGAAGUACUGCCAUCUACCGCCCUACAAUGGAUUCGGGUCGGAAGAAGAUUCUGCUGGCAACUGCCUUACCCUCCACCCCGAGACCCUCAGAAGCAAUGACGCCAUCCAAUUCUUUGUCCACGAUAGGAGGGCUCUUGACAGUAACCUACUCAGAUUUGAAGCUUGCCUCAUGUCAUCAUUCGCACCGGACACGCAGCGCAAGUUCAUCGUCCUCUACUUCCGUACCAACGACACUUUCAAGAUCUUUGAAGUCAAAGUUAAUAAUUCUGGUUACAUCGGAGGGACGUUUGCUUACCGGCAACGCAUACCCAAACCGAACCAGCCCAGGUUCAAAUGCGAGCUGUCGCGAUAUUACGGUAAAGAGGAUCUGUACAUCGGCAGCGUCAUCGUGUAUAGUGGUCACUCAUUUGUACUGACCAUGGCAGAUGAGUAUGCGCUCAGUUACAUGGAGAGGAAUUGUAAUGAGGUGUGUAUGUGUUUGUGUGUGUGUGUGUGUGCGUGGUGA